ACAGUUAGACAUACUUACGAGGGAUACACCCAUUACGGGACAACGUCUGUUUCCAUCCGGCGGCGAAGGACGUUCUUUGCAUGAUGGUUAACUAGCCAUCAUGAAGCAAAGUAUCUUUCUCCUGUUGGUCAUGGCCCUUGGGGCCAUGAGUGUGGCGAGCGCUCAGAAGUGCUCCAAUGUAACUGGAUAUACCUUCUACCUAAACCAGCAAGUGAAGGGCGCGUAUACAUUCCCGGUUAAGAGCACAAAUUUGACGGUCGCUGGCAUCGCGGCCUACUGUGCAAAGACAACCCGCUGCAACGCAUUCAACACAUCGGGCUAUAUUAUGACGGUUCCCUUGGUGCCAGUUUUUUCAAGCCUGUCUACCACCACUUCCUGCGCCGGCGUUUACAUUGCAACGUCCCGGUCGCUGAGCGGCUUCAACCCUCCGAAAGGGGUGAAUGCUUCUACGUUGCGAGCGGCGGGCAACCGGACGUAUCUCAACAUGCGCGCGGCCAUCACGGCUGCCAGCAAGGUGAAAGCUACCCUUGGCUCUGGAGUCAAAGUGAGCAUGCUCACACAAAGCGCCAUCACAAGCGCAUUUAAUGCUUCCAAGGUUCCGCUCUCACAAGUCAGUGCCACACUUGGCAACUACACGUACAAUGACGUCAUGGCAGCGCUCUCUGCCCCCACGUGGGACUCCCGCAACGUUAACGGCAUUAACUACAUCAGUGCUGUUAAGGACCAGGGCGGCUGCGGUUCCUGCGUAGCCUUUGCCUCCGUUGCUGUAGCGGAGGCAACGGUUGCUACGGUUAGCAAGAUGACAACCAACACCAACGACUUUUCGGAGCAAUGGCUGUUCCUAUGCAACGGCCUCUACCAGCCCUCUUGUGACACCGGGUGGUACGCCGCCCAAGCUACAGAUGUCAUCACCAAAGUGAACCUGCCGUACGAGGCUAACUACCCUUACACGGCUGGCGGCUACCCGUCGACGACCGGCCCUUGGUGUACCCUGAACAGCGCGCCUGAGAAGCGAGCUGGCGGCACGUUCACCGCUAUCAGUUUCACGGACUUGACCCUGGCCAAGGCACACAUCCGACAGUACGGAGCGGUAACCAGCUUCUUUGCUGUUUACAUGGACUUCUUCAACUGGAGCCCGUCCUCCGCGCCAUACGUUUGGGACACAACUAGCUACCUGGCCGGUUACCACCAGGUCACGGUUGUGGGCUACGAUGACACCAACUCCUACUGGAUUGUCAAGAAUAGUUGGAGCUCCGGUUGGGGUGACAGUGGCUACGUCCGCAUCUCCUACAACGCCGGAGUCGGCCUUAUGUCAGGCGACUGGGACAACAUCUACGGCCUAACCUGGGCGCCGUCAAGUGUUACCACGUCUCCCCCGCCGCCAUCCUCGCCGCCGCCACCACCUCCCUCCACUACCUCUAAGCCCCCGCCUCCUAAAUCACCGCCACCAUCGCCGCCGCCGCCGCCACCGCCUUCCCCUCCCCCACCACGCUCACCACCACCGCCGCCACCGCCUUCGCCUCCCCCACCACGCUCACCACCACCGCCACCACCGCCGCCACCGCCUUCGCCUCCCCCACCACGCUCACCACCACCGCCGCCACCGCCUUCGCCUCCCCCACCACGCUCACCACCACCACCGCCGCCGCCGCCACCGCCUUCCCCUCCCCCACCACGCUCGCCACCACCGCCGCCACCGCCUUCGCCUCCCCCACCACGCUCACCACCACCGCCGCCGCCACCGCCACCGCCUUCGCCUCCCCCACCACGUUCACCGCCACCGCCGCCGCCGCCUCCACCGCCUUCGCCUCCGCCUCCACCGCCUCCACCACCCAUAUCAUCGAAGUCUCCGCCGCCGCCUAUAUGGUGGAGUUCCAACUCCCCUCCACCACCACCACCAAUCUCCAACAAAUCUCCGCCACCCCCCUUUUGGUCAGCCUUCAGCCCCCCACCUCCAUCGUGGUGGAGCUUUUACUCCCCUCCACCACCCCCACCACCACCACCAAUCUCCAACAAAUCUCCGCCACCCCCUUUUUGGUCAAUGUUCAGCCCCCCACCUCCAUGGUGGUGGAGUUACAACUCCCCUCCACCGCCGGCUUUCGGAAAGAAGUCGCCGCCGCCUAACAAGAAAUCUCCAAAGCCGCCACCCCCAAGCCAGCCCCUACCUCCCGACGUACCGCCUCCCGAAGUACCCCCGUCCGCCGACCAGUCCCCUCCCGAUUACCCUUGGUGGUAUACCUGGCAUCAGAGCCCUGAUGUGUUUUGGACUGACGUCGAAAACGUGAAGUCUCCGCAGGAAGCACAGUCAUCACCCACAGACAAACAGCAGUCAUCUGCGCCUUCGACGAGCUUCCCAUCACCGAAGUUGGGAGGUCGGAGGGCCCUCAACCAAAACUAGAAGAUAACAGCGAUUGUCGUCAUGCCCUUUGUUGUAAGGUUUGCUGGAAAGGAAAUUUGUGGACGUCUGGAUACGACAAACACUCGCACACAUGCUGGAACUGCCUCAAAGAAGAGUAUCGGAGCUCACUUUAGGAGGAUGGGUGCGAUUACUGCAAGUGCAUGCCCACGCUCCCAGUCAUCCUACUGAUACAUCGACAUCCGUAUGUAUGUUAUUUCGCCGUUCCUGAAGAAUGGUCUACGUGCGUUGCCAUGUCUUUGCUGCUCACGAGCACGAUGCAUGCUGUCGUGUUUUGAAGAGAUAGAAUUGCGUUUCGGUUCUUGGUGACAAGCAGCCGAAAGCGCGUUGUUUGGUGGUACGGCAUGUGCUUGUGUUGCCUUUCUAUGCAGCUUUCAUUUGCUAAUUUGCUUGCGAUAGAGAGGCCCUGCUGCCGGUGGAGGUCUGCUAAUUGGGAUCCGCCGCUGUGGGCUUCUACAAUCUUGCAACGUGAUGUCGUGAAAGAAGUUUUCGGUUGUGUUGACCGUUGGUGUGGCAUGUUCCGUUAUAACUGGGACUCAGGUGCUCAGGCCUGAAGCAUGCCGCCGGCGCUGUAUGUGUAGAUAGCUUUAGAUCUAGGUAAAGUAAAAGAAUUAGUUGUCAGGUUGUGGCACUUACUUGCUAGUAUUGGUUGCAUCUCGGAGAUUAGUUCAAGCUUUAGUCAGGAUGUACGCCUUAUUGGCUCGGGUUUGGCGUUCUUGCACGCCUCCACCGUCGUGGUCCUUCCGUAAGGGUGUAGGAUGAAGAUAGUUGAGGGGCUUGGGCUUGGUGUUCGUACGCAUCUCCGCGGUCGUGGCCCUUCCGGAAAAAUGUAGGUUGCAUCCCAUCAUCCGUUAAUCGGGCAAUUGUUGUUGCUACCUUGGAACCGAGUUCGCCCUCAAGCCUUUCUGUAACCGG